UGAAGACGGGGCUUUUAUGUUAUAGAGCAACAUCCGGCGGAAGUAGUCGGGCUUUUGUUUUGGAAGGCUGGCACUCGGUGGCCGCCAUUAUUCUUCGUGGCUUGACGCCCGAGAUAAGACGGUUAAACAUUAGAAACUAUUGUAUUUCCAGCGUAAUCUGCUGCUUUAUUGGUUUGCUUUGAGGCGUCGGUCUGUCGGUUGAGCCAACCGCGCAUCUUGAGGCCAGUAUGGACCGACGGUCCGGCACAACAGCUGCAGGUGGCGCCCUCCCUCUGGCCUCCCUCCGCCUGCUGGCCUCCCCGCUGCAGCUGUCCUACUCCUACAUAUGGCAGGUCAUACGGCAGAAGAACGUGAAGCACUACAGCAAGGUGGAGGAGUUUGUGACCAUGGUGACGCAGACUGUUCCCGAGCUCCUGAGCUUCAAGCAGACGGCGCAACUUAUCCUGGGGCUGAGAGCAAGAAUAAUCCUGGACCUGCUUCAGAACGACGGCCGGCCAGAUUCCAAGACCAUUCAGACCCUUAUAAAUAGGUUAAAGAUGACAUCGUCAGCGAAGGACGUGGAGGUGGAGAAGUCCCAGACAAACUUCAUGGUCCUCAUCCAGAGCCUGCUUAAAAACCCCACUGAGAGGAAGCGCUUCUUUCAGGAAGUCUUCCCUGUUCAGUACGGCGUCAAGUUCGACACGGCUCUGCAGGCCUUGAUCGCUGGCCUGGUGUGCAAGUUGGAGCAACUUCUUCCCGUUCCCAAUCUGUCCCAGCUUGGUGCCAUGAUCUCUACGGACGCCUCGGUCCUCGAUGCGUGCGGGGCGUUCCUCCCCGACCGCGGAGAUCUGAAGACCCUUCUGCAGCACCAUCAGAGCAAAGGACUCCUUGGUGUUAAAGCAACUGUCUCGACGUCAGUGGGCGACUGCGUGCUCUCCUCUCUGGCUUUCUUGCCCAAGCCGGUGGAAACUCCGCCGCCGCCUCCUCCAAAGCGCGUGGAGGCGCCAGUCGUUGAAAACAGCCCCGCCUCUCUGAGCGACAGCGAAGACGUCGGGGGCUUUUCGGAUGACGCGGCGAGCCCGGCGGCUUCCGUCGAUGCGCCUCAGCAGGAAGUGCCGAUAAGUUACAAAACGGCCGUUGGGGACGGAGCGAAGGAAAGGGCGGCGGCAGAGCAAAGCCAGAACCCCCAGCAGGAAAAGAGCUCCGAGCCGCCGGCGCCGCCCGCCGCGACCCCUCAAAGGAAGGACGGCACGGCAGCAGCGCCAGAGAGAGCAGAGCUGCAGCGGCUGCCUCUCAAAUCGAUCCCUUUCAGGGUCGUCCCAGUGCCGGUCAAGGCGGCGUCCCCCGCGGCGAAGGACAGCCAACGGCCUCAGACGCAGAGGGUCACUUUGCACCAGUGGGUGUCGCAGAUCGCCACCAACACCAUGUCGCUCCCGGCGCUGCCGCCGCUCCCCGCGGGCCGACUGAGCGACGACGACGACCCGAGGCCGAGCAUACGCCGCAAGAAGCAGCUGCGGCACCUGGUGGACCGCUUCAGCUGCGCCGUGUGCGACAAGAGCUUCCCCUACCAGUCCAAGCUGAUGGACCACGAGCGCAUCCACACGGGGGAGAAGCCCUUCCACUGCUCGGCGUGCAACAAGAGCUUCCGCACGCAGGCCUUCCUCAACAACCACCUGAAGACGCACAGCACCAUGCGGCCGUACGCCUGCGGCCAGUGCGGCAAGUGCUUCACCAAGCUGCAGAGCCUGACCAAGCACAUCCUGGCGCACAGCGGCCAGAAGCCGUUCUACUGCAACGUCUGCAACAAGGGCUUCACGCAGUCCACCUACUUCAAGCGCCACAUGGAGUGCCACACCAGCCAGAUGACGUUCCCGUGCAAGCACUGCAGCAAGACCUUCCCCACGGCGUUCAAGCUGUCCAACCACGAGCGCUGGCACACGCGGGACCGCCCGCACAUGUGCGAGCGCUGCGGCAAGCGCUUCCUCGUCCCCAGCCUGCUGAAGAGGCACAUGGGCUACCACAUCGGCGACCGCCAGUACCUCUGCUCCCAGUGCGGCAAGACGUUCGUCUACCUGUCCGACCUGAAGCGGCACCAGCAGGACCACCUGCCCAAGACCAAGAUCCCGUGCCCCGUCUGCCAGAAGAAGUUCUCCAGCAAGUACUGCCUGCGGGUCCACCUGCGGAUCCACACCCGGGAGAGGCCGUACCGGUGCCCGCUGUGCGACAAGAGCUUCACGCAGGUGGGCAACCUGAAGGUCCACAUCCGGCUGCACACCAACGAGCGGCCCUUCAGCUGCGACGUCUGCGGCAAGACCUACAAGCUGGCGUCCCACCUCAACGUCCACAAGAGGACUCACUCGUGCAAGAAGCCGUGGACGUGCGAGACGUGCGGGAAGGGCUUCACCGUCUCCGCCCUGCUGCGCAAGCACGAGCAGAUCCACGUGAAGGAGGCCAACCCCGACUUCGCCGGCAAGCGGCGGGUGAAGGGGAAGCACAAGAAGCAGUCCCUGAGCAGGAAGUUCGACGAGGAAGAGGAGGGGAGCGAUGAAAAUUAUUAAAGGAGACGCGAGGACUGAUCUCUGCUCUGAUAGGUCAAUGAACGCUGCUGCCAGACGAGAGACACUUUGAAGUUGCCUCAGACUAAAGACAUGGCUGAUUAGGGGACGGCUGAAUCUAAAGGUCUUAGUUGGAAGGUGGAUCAUGUAGAAUAAACUCAGCGUAGGGCUGGACGAUACAGAAAAAAAAACAUAUCGAUAAAACAGAAAUCCUGUUGAUCGAUAACUUAAAACAUGUUUUGAAUUUACUGAUAAUUAUGUUUAAGUUAACAUGUUUUAAAAAAAAAAAACAUUUGUGCUCUCUGAAGUCUUUGAAGGGGGCGGGGCUUGGUGACAGAGGGUUCCUGGGUCUGCGUUGUGAUUGGUUGGGAGGAUGUAACGACUGUAUUAUUAACCUACAUGAAAGGCUAGAAUGUAAAAGGAAGGAAAAGUGUUAUAUUGAACUUUUAUUUUAUUUUUCUAUCAUCGGUAAACGUCUAUCAAUCGACAUUGUUGUUGAAUUAUCGUCCAGCCCUAACUGAGCGGCUCUCAUAUGUGCUCAUGCAUGAAUAUUUAACUUUCCUUUUGAUCGCAGUUCAUCGCUAUAAUAAUAUAAACACACAAAAGUUUUGUUAAAAAGAAAAAAAAAACAUGCACCAAUCAGGCAGAUGAACAUGUCUGAUUUUGAACAUGUCCUACUUUUUUUUUUACCUGUAACAACUUUAAGGCAAAAUAGAGAAACUCACCACAGGUUCUUUGUACAAGGUCGUAGAUUUGGAUCCAA